UAUCGUCGCUUUAGUUCCAGAGUGACGCAAGUCAUUUUUUGUGAAAAAUGUCGAGUUUGGUAUCAUUUUUUUCAGCUCGACGAGUUCUACAAGAUGAAACUACUUGUGACACUGUGGAACGCCAAAUCAUGCAUUUUAUGUUGGUAUCUUAAUGACGUAUGUCGGUUCUGUGACUAUUUAUUUCGUUCCAAACUGACGCAUCUUUUAAGCCAAUCAAACACGUUCAUUUACUGCAUGUCUUGAAGCGCGGCCAUUGCAAUGAAAGCUGUGUUGAAACUUUUUGGACUUUUUCGAUAAGAUUUCAUUGAUCCUGAUAUGUUUUGGUUAAUCUAAAUAUGUUUUAUAGAAACAUAACCAGAGUAUCUGUUGAUUGUGCUCCAAAAGCAAUUGUUCAGUAAUUGACAGAAUUGGAAUUAGUGCUCCAAGGAACUGAAAUACUUUCGGAUUUUCAAGGUUUCGGAUAAAAUAUUCAUGGAAAACCAAGUUGACAAGAAUUCGAUGGUGACUUUAAUUGAUCUACCUGAUUUAGUCUUAGUAAAAAUCUUUAGUCAUUUGGACAUACAGGAACUGCUUAAAACUGUGUCUGUAACACAUACAAGAUUCAAUGAAAUUGUGAAGAAAACAUCUUGUCUGUGGAAGCAUUUUUCAUUUGACCAUCCACUAGAACUGACACUUACUAAUUUCAGAAACAUUUUGGAUCAUUCUUCUGCCUUUCUUGAGUUCCUCAUCCCAGGCGUUACACUGCAUUUGGGGUCUUCAGAAAUCGACUUUGAGCUAGUUACCAAAUUAUCCAAUGCUAAAAACCUGUAUUGGCUCGACUUAACAGGAUGCAGACUUUCAACACUGUGUUUCCUGCCAAUGCUUUGCAACUUAGAAAUACUUAAUGUUUCGGAAUGUACAAAUUUGGUUAACGAGGAUUUCGAAAUAAUUUCAAAGUUAGCACAUUUGGAUCACUUAUAUGUAUCUUUUACAAACAUAAGGCCUGAUACUAUAGCAUUUGUGUGUGAAAGUUUAACAUUGUCUGUUCUAGAUAUCUCAGGCAUAAAGUUGAAUAUAGAACAAUGUGUAAGAAUUUUACAACCAGAUUUGGCAUAUUUGCAUUUAAGUGUUGAAAGUCAAGAAGAUGAAAUAUGGCUCAAAGGAUUUGUGUCGAGACAUUAUGAAUCGUUAUCUGUAAAUAUAUACAGAUUUUGAAAUGAAUAAAUUCAGUGUAAACCAAGUACUUAACAUGCUAGAGGAUAGUGAUUCAGAUAAUGAGAUACUUGAAGACUCUGAAGAUAACUUAAAACUUUUAAAAAGUAUUCCAUUACAAACAAAUACUAGUGAUAGUGAUGAAUCAGCUAAUAAUUUAUGCGUAAGGUCUAUGUCCUUUCGUGACAUUUAUGAAACAACAAGUAAAAAAACAUUAGAAGUGACUCAAAAUCAAGAUGUUAUGCCUUGUACAUUUAAUAACAAUAACGAUACAACCGUGAAUAGAAUAAGUAAUGAUGAUCAAGUUCAAUACACGGGAUAUUUUCAUAUUAGUGGUAAUAAUGAAACAGCUAUUAAUAGAACAACGGACAUGAAUAAUAUUCAAUGCCCUGAACUGAUGAAUGUAACUACAGAUGUGAUUCAAGUUCACUGUGAAGGGCCUUUAUCAUUUAAUUGCAAUGAUGAAGCAACAUCGAACACAUCAACAGACAUGAAUCAAGUUCAAUAUCCUAUGACAAUUAAUGAUGAAUUUGAGAUGAAAAGAGCAACUUAUAUCAAUCCACAAGAAUCUUCUGUUUCUCUGAAUGUAUAUGACUUGAAUAGUUUGCCUGCGUCAUUUUUAGACGAACUGAACAAUGACAAUGUAUGUAUGGUAUCUGAAAAUAGUAUCGAUGUCUUCGCGAAUUUUAAUCAAACAAGCUGUCAAGAAGUUGAUACAUUCGUAUACUCAAGAGACACAAACGAAGAAUAUGACAUCUUAGAUCUUGACAAACAUUUAGACAAUAAUAACAAUAUAUCAUUACCAAACAGAUAUGAAGCUGCUAAGGAAGAUUGUAUCUAUGAAGAGACGAAUUCAAAUUUGUCAAAUGAGAUAGAAAAUGAAAAUGAUAACACUCAGAAAAGUGAUCAAAGUCAGGUUUUUAAUGGACCUAUCAAUGAAAAUAUCAACAAUCAGUCUUGUCAGAAUGGUACUGUUACACGUGGACGAAAACGAGUCAGAAAUAACGAAAUGUGGUCAAAAACAAUUAAUAAAAGGAGGAGACAAGCAGGUAAAGAAUAUAUAAACCGGCAAGGAGUAAAGGUACCACAGAAAAGAGUGAGUGUCAAAACAAAUUGUAAAGGAACCAGCAAUUGUCGAAGAAAGUGUACUCAGCAGUUUAGUGAUGAACAAAUUCAAGCUAUUCAUGACGGAUAUUGGUCAUUAGACGAUGAUGGGGGAAAGAAUGGUUUCAUUGCCCGUACAAUAACAAGACGCACUAAUGAAAACAAGAAAAAAGAUAGUAAUCGUAGAUAUACUUAUGAGUUCUUUUUCUUCAGAAAUGAUGAUAAGAUACAAGUGUGUAAAGACUUUUAUCUAGGUGUCCUUCAUAUAUCAGAUAAUCGUUACAGACAAUACUUCAAAAAAGUUGAUACAAAAGAAGGAAACGAGUUUAGAGAUAUGCGGGGGAAACGAACUAAGAGACGAAAAAGUGAAGAUGAAAUCAACGUCAUUCGGAAGCAUAUUGAAUCCUUUCAGCGAAUACCGUCUCAUUACUGCCGUUCAAACUCUUCAAAAGAAUAUUUAGAACCAGGUUUAAAUGUAAACAUAAUGUACAAGUUAUACUUAGAACAUUGUGCAAAUAUUCUAAGAAAGCCUUUAAAAAGGGGUAUGUACAGAGAAAUAUUCAACAAAGAAUAUAAUAUCGGCUUCCAUAUACCUAAAAAAGACCGUUGUGACUUAUGUGAAGCAAUAAAGAUAAGAGCUGAUAAUAAUUCAUUAAACUCGAUCGAAAAGGAAUUUCAAGAAAAAUAUAAGAAACACAUUUGUGAUAAAAAAUCAACAAAAAUGGAAAGAGACAAAGAUAGAAUGAACAAAACAGACAUGAUUGUUUCUUUUGAUUUAGAAAAUGUAAUACUUUUACCGAAAGCGAAUGUGAGCAAUUUCUUUUAUAAAAGAAAAUUAGCCACGUAUAAUCUCACCGCACACGUAUCAAAGGAUGGAACAGCAUACAACUGUAUCUGGAAUGAAAUUAUCGGCGGAAGAGGAGCCAAUGAGAUUGCUAGUGCGAUUGUUACUAUUCUGAAAGACGUUAAAAGAGUCCAUCCAACAAUAAAGUAUUUUACAUUAUGGUCUGACAACUGCAUUCCACAAAAUAAAAACUCAAUUAUGACAAUAGCUCUGAAACGAUUUAUGAACGAUUAUGACAUAGAUUGUAUAGUUCAGAAAUUUGGUUGUCCUGGACACUCUUGUGUCCAAGAAGUGGACAACAUACAUAGCAAUAUUGAACGUAUAACCAGAUACACGGAAAUCUAUAGUCCACUAUCUUUAAUUCGGGUCCUUAAAUCCUUGAACAUGAAACGCAAGAAUGCAGUUCGAUUUAUUCAAAUGCAGAAGCAUCACUUCAUGGAUUACCAAAAAAGCAUAAUGCCAUUAAAAUUCAAUGAUAUACCUUAUACUAAAGUAAAGUGUCUCAAGUAUGAAAAAGCAAGACCAUUUUCAGUAGGGUACAAACUUUCCUAUGAAGAAGAUGUAUUUAAAACAGUUAUAAUUGCAACGCGAAAAACAAGACAAAGUUUACCGAUUCUAGAACUGCCCAAUCCAAAAAUGCUAAAGUGUCACAGGAUUAUGUCAGAUCAAAAGAAGAAAGACAUUUCAGAAAUGCUGAAAUAUAUGCCUGAAGUGGACCAACAGUUUUACAAAGCCAGUAAACUAGUAACUGUUAAACAAUAAUUGAAGUCAAUUAGCGGUGAAACUUAUUCAAUUGUAGUUAGGAUGUUUGUUCAAAUAUGUAGUUAAACUGAUUGUUAUGGGAUCAUAAGUCUUUGAGUUAAAAGUUGCUUUACCCUAAAUAUAAUCGGUAUAAUGUGAAUAGAUAAUUACGUUCAUAAUAAUUCUUUCCGUUUGUGCCAUAUUGAAGACAUUUUAUCACAUGAAUUCGAACAGAUGAAGGACAUGAUAUCAUGAUAAAUGACUACAAUAUUUACAUUUCAUGAAGCGGUCCGAAUUUCUUGUGUUUAAAUAAUAGGUCUUUACUUUAUGUUAGUCAUUGAUGUUCUUAUGAAAAUGAUUUUUAUGAUAAAUAUUUGAACUAUUGAUUUACAUAGUUUGCAGCAGUACUUUUCGGUGAAUAUGCUUGAAACUUUUGAUAUUGACAACUUACAGUACAUGUAUAUGUCAAUGAUAAUAUGUUAUUUCUUAUGUUUAAAAAUCUUUCUUUGUGUUGUUCAUUGUUAAUUUUUUUUUCAAAGAUUUUGUUUUAACAAAUUAUCUUACAAAUGUAUUGUCAUGUAAAUAGAAACAGUUACUUUGUUUUCACUAAUAAAAGUGUUAUUAUCUUCAUAUUUUGAAUAUGCUUUCAUAUUUUUAAAUAAAGUUACGUCAGAAAAGUAAGCAAAUUGUAUUUACUUUAAGUCCAUUCCAAAUUGACGCAAACUAUUAUUUCGAACCAAAUUGACGUAUGUCAAUGCGUCACUUUAGAAAAUAUUUGAAACAGCUACAGCGUAUUUUUCAAUGACAUUACUAUAUUUUGUUUAUUAAAUAUUAAAAAAACAAUUCAAGGAAUGACACUUAAAUUUUGCAUACAUAUAUAUCUGCACACAUUUUGUUUAUGUCUAAAUUCUCAUAUUAAUUCAUCAAAUAGUAAAAAAGAUACAAGACUUUUAAACUUUAAACCUCAUUUUCUCGAAAUGAAAGAAAUACGACAUACGUCACUCUGGAACUAAAGCGACGA